AUCUCAUCUUAAAAAACUUGUGAAAAAUACGUAAUCCUGAUGAGACUUCAAUCAGGUAUAAAUACCAGCAGCUAAAGGAGAUGCGGCACAUUGUUCUGAUCAUCAGUGGAGCUACUAUUAGGAAGGAAAGAUCAGCCGAGUCCUUUGGCCCUGAUCACCUCAAUACAGGAGCUACUAAUUGCAGUGACUUUGGCCUAACUCUCUCUGAAACAAUGAAUUAUGCAAGUUAUAUCAUAGCUUUUCAGCUUUGCCUCAUUUUGGGUUUUUCUAGCUGCUGCUGCCAGUCCACCGUUUUGGCAGAGAUACAGAACCUGAAGAAGUAUCUUAAUGCAACUGGUUCAGAUGUAGCAGAUGGUGGGCCGCUUUUCUUAGAUAUUUUGAAGAAUUGGAAAGAGGAGAGUGACAAAAAAAUAAUUCAGAGCCAAAUCGUUUCCUUUUACUUCAAAAUCUUUAAAAACUUGGAAGGCAACCGGAUCAUCCAAAAGAGCAUGGAGACCCUCAGGGAGGACCUCUAUGUUAAGUUCUUCAAUAGCAACUCCAGCAAACGGGAUGACUUCCUAAAAGUGAUGCAGACUCCGGUGAAUGACCGGAACGUCCAGCGCAAAGCGAUAAGUGAGCUCCACAAGGUGAUCGAUGAUCUGUCACCCAAAUCUAACCAGAGGAAACGGAAAAGGAGACAGAAUCUGUUUCGAGGCCAAAGAGCAUCAGAAUAAUGAUCACCCUGCCUGCAAUAUUUGAAUUUUUAAAUUGAAAUCUAUUUAUUAAUAUUUAAUAUUUUACAUUAUUUAUAUGGGGAAUAUGUUUUUAGACUCAUCAAUCAAAGAUGUAUUUAUAAUGGUAACUUCUAUGUAAUGAAAAUGAAUAUCUAUUAAUAUAUGUAUUAUUUAUAAUUCCUGUAUCCUGUGACUGUUCCACUUGACCCUUUUCAUAUGACUAACUAAGCAAGGCUAUGUGAUUACAAGGCUUUUAUCUCAGGGGCCAACCAGGUAGCUGGCUUUAGCAAGACAUUGUGGGUUGUGCAUUUAUUUCAAUUGAUGAUACAAUUAACAUUUACAAAUGGUACCAUCCAGUUGCUACCUGUUUGGAACAUGUGUGCAUUCUAAGCCACUGCUUUGAUAGUCUGUCAGAUAGCACUUGAAUGUGUCAGAUGAUACGACCUGUCAUCCCCUGAUAAAAACAUAACAUCUCGUGUGAUUUCAUGCCUGGUGCUUUAGACUAUUGUUGACAACUGUGACUGUACCCCAAUGGAAAGUAACUCAUUUAUUUAACACAUAUGAAUAAAGUAUAAUUUUGCAACAAUUUAUGCUGUAUCAGAUUUUUUCUAAGUGAGGACUGUGGGGGAAUGAAGUAUAUCAUGAAUU